AUGACGUCCGUCAUACGUCCAGACGGCACCAUGGGGGUUUAUACCUCUGAUGUUGAUCCCAAACCCGAGAUCUGGGAAAACUUUGAUCCAUCCGCACUCCUCGCAGCCGCCAAGGAGGAGGAGGAGAAGAAGAAGAAGCAGAAAGGGCCAGCCAGCGUCCCUCCCCCCUCCAAUACAUCCGUUGUGCCCCCACCACCCGUCGUCCACCGCGAGAGAACAUGGCUUCAGCGCUUCGAGGCGGUAGAGCUAGCUUUCAAACUCGGACAGGCUCGCAUGUGGACUCUCACACCUCCCCCUUCGCCCCCUCGACCCGCCCCAAGUGCCCAGUGA